UUGUAGGGUUGUUGUGGGAUUAGAUGAGGUAAUGUUUGUGAAGGACUUGGUACCAUAUUUGGCACAUAGUAAGUGCUCAGUAAACAAUGUUAAUAUUAUUAACAUUGGAUGAGUGAAAAGGUGAGGGAGUGAAUUUUUUACUCAGAGUUCCUUUCCCAAGGGGCUAAACUGAAGUUUUCUGUCUCUGGGGCUGGAUCCCUGGAGGGAAUUGUGGGGGAGUCAGACCCUUAGGGAGCGGCUGGGGCCCAGGCUCUGUAAUAAAGAGCAUCACUCAUACACAAGCUCUGUAUGUCAUAGAGGCCGUGUUACCCUGGCCAGUAACACCAUCAGGCACCUUAUAGAAGCUCACUGCGCCCAUGGGGCCUUCUCAGCUUGUCCGUGCCCCUCGGCCCCGGGGCUUAAUUUCCCCCUACCGCAGGCCAGGCGUGGGUUGGCCUCGGCCCCGCUUUCCCAAGAUGUUCAAGUGUAGCCGCAGAAGGUACCGGCAGAAACGGCAAGGCCCAGCUGGCACCACUGUAACCACCAAUCUUGCCACUGUGGCCACGGAUAUCAACGACAUCCAAACUGCCACCACCAGGGUGUUGAUCCUUCCGCCGCAAGGUUCCCAACUCUCCUUCCCCUUCAAGCUCCUAGAGACAGCCACAGCCAAUGGUCCCCCUCAUCCUAGUCUAGGUGACCCCCUGGAUCGCUAA